UGUCCAUCAGCGGCCUCCAGGUCUUCCAUCUCCUCCCAGGAACGUAUUCGAGUCACACAAUGAGAGUAUUGCUCGUAGUUCUGUUGGCAGCCCUUGUGGCUGCAGAGCAGCAAAAGCGUUCGGCCGAUCCUGGACAUGGAUUCGGAGGCUUCGGCCACGGCUUCGGAGGUCGCGGACUCGGCUUCGGCCGUUACGGCGGCUUUGGACACGGAGGUUUCGGACACGGAGGCUUCGGACACGGAGGCUUCGGGCGCGGUGGUUUCGGACACGGUGGUUUCGGUGGUUUCGGACACGGCGGAUUCGGCCGAGGGCUCUUCUUGGGACACGGCUUAGGACACGGCGGCCACUACAUUGGAAAGCGUGAAGCUCAACCUGAAGCUCAACCUGAAGCUCAACCUGAAGCCAAGGCAGAUCCCGAACCCGGUUACCUGCAUGGCGGCCACGGCUUCGGUCACGGAUUCGGUGGAUUCGGACACGGAUUCGGCGGACUCGGAGGCGGAUUCGGUCACGGACACGGACACGGACACGGGCUCGGGCAUGGCCACGGCGGCCACGGGCACACCGUCGAAUACAGCGUCAGUUAUCCUAUUUACGAAGUCGUCCAAUAUCCAAUCUACGGUCACAGCCACCACGGACACGGUUACGGACACGGUUACGGACACGGAUGGUAACUGCACCAGAAAAACAAAUAAAAAAAAGGUCACUUCUUGUAUAAUGACGAAAACGCACAGGCCGUGUAAAUCGAAAUAAAAAUGAAUGUCUCUA